GGUAGACAGUGAAACCAACGCUGAAAACCAACAAGUAUUUAACAAAAUAAUCACAAUUAUCGGCAAACUGCUAAAAAAUAUUCUAAUUUAUUAAUAAUUUUUAUAACUAUUUUUUUACCGUUUCUAUACAAGUAAUAUGAUUAUUAAAAAAUAGAGAGAGUCAAUCUAGACCACAAUUAUGCCCUACCACCACCUGUUAUGGAAGUUCAAGAAGCAGUAGAAUGCAACUAUGACGUUAUUGUAGAUGAGAAUAUUAAAUUUCGGCAUGUUGGCAAUAAGCCUAGUUCUUAUUCAUUAAUUUCUGGAUGAAAAAGUUAUGGAGACAAAAUGUCUUUUAAGAAGACUUCACAACCAUCCAGUUAGGCAAUCAUGUGUUGGUGAAGGAUGUGUUCAGCAUACUGCCUACUCUUGCCCAGCAAAAAUGUUAUUAUAUAAAUUAUUGACCAUAAAAAUCAGAAAUCCAGAAUGUGCUUUUGAAUAUACAUUUCUACAAGCUGUUGAAAGAAUGGUGAAACAUAGAAAGUUGGUGUAUUAUCUUCUUACCCCAAGAAAUCUUUUACAGCUUGGUGAACUUCAAUUAGAUGAAACGAGUCAUCCACUACAAUAUUUCAAACACCAGCAAGUUUUUUCAACAAAAUACAUUAUCCAGUAUGGCGCUACCAAGCAAACAGCCCGCAAGUCGACCGGAGGAAAGGCUCUCAGGAAACAGUUGGCCACCAAAGCUGCCCGUAAGAGUACACCCGCCACAGGAGGAGUGAAAAAACCGUAUCGAUACCGUCCGGGAACUGUCGCCUUCCGUGAGAUCCAUCGUUACCAAAAAAGCACUGAACUGUUCCAAGAACAAAUUGCCCUUCCAGCGGCCUACUUGGUUGGUCUCUUCGAAGACACCAAUCUUUGCGCCAUCCACGCUAAACGAGUGGCCAUCAUGCCCAAAGAUAUCCAAUUGGCCCGUCGUAUCCGUGGAGAAUGUGCUUAAAGUUGAAUUUAAACAAAUCUAUCCUUCUUAAAAUGGCCUUUAUCAGGGCGACCAAUUAAUAUUAUUAAUAAACUCAGACUUUCGACGUAAUGAUAUAUGAAACUGCAAGAACAAUAUCAUAUCAAAUUAAUAUACAUGAUAUAUAUAUA